UCGACUUCUUAUCCACUGAAACAUUCACCGAAAGAGCAUUCCGAAGAACCACCGUCUGGAUGAGAAAGUAUCGUCGUAUUUCUCCUGACAAAUUCUACCGGAUCUGUGAGCUACGCGUUUGCGAGAGAACGCUGGCAACGUCGAUGAACCGUGUCUGAAUGUAUGCAGAAAACUCAAUUCGCCCGUUGUUCUUCGAAUCAAGGGAAUUACUAUCACUUGGCGGACUGUGUUGCUCUAUUCACGACAACUUCUAGCACUAGCACUAUUGGAAACGAGAAACGUUGGAUUCUUACGGUAGGGUCUGUUCACCACCUCUGACGGUAUUAUGAACUGAAGUCAAGCGAGCACAGCGGGAUAUUAACUGACGGAAUAUUCAGCAUAAUUUAGUCUUCACUUUGCCAUUCACAGCACGCAAUUGCAACGGCACGGUAACAUCGUUAUUUCAAACAGUAACUGACUUCUUAUACCUGCACGGAUUUUUUAAAGAGAGGGAUUGAAGUUUACGCUAUGGAUGUGCAAGAUCCGUUUGGAUGUAGGCUAGAACUGUAUGCAAGUAAUGUUGGAAAAGAACAGUUGUAUCGGCAAGCGCUUCGCCCUCUGUUAGCAUGGUUGGACCCGGCUUUUCAACUCGUCUGCAUUUCACAACAGAGACCGGAAUGCCCCAGUUUUGAGAAAACAGAAGGGAACACACAGGCCAUCUCUGUUGUCCUCCUACUCCGUGAAGACUCGGGCGACCUCUCGGCCACCUCUGGGCGGGACUGCCUCCACCGGCCCCCGUGGAGGUUUCACCACCGACUCGAGCUAGUCCGCACCACCAACGCCACCUGCAUCGCCAAACAGGAGUUCUAUGACCUCGGGUCCAAACUCCCACUGUGGUGUGUCGAACCCAUCCAUUGUGGCAACGAGAUAUUCCGUUUCAACUUGGUGGUCCGGAAUUUUUCCGCCAUGGUGGAUUUUUACACCAGAUUGACCCAGAAAAAAGCCGCUUGUUCCAAGCCUGGCUUCUGUUUGUUCACUUUGUAUAGCCAGCCAGGACUUGAUAUACAGCUAGCAUUGAAGCGUUCAGAAUACUUGACGCCCUACCCGACUUCAAAAGCCAUGUUGAAGUUUGUGACUCCGAGCGUGGCUAAAAUGGCGGAUCUGAAACCGUACAAAAUAGGGGAGGACUUCGUGGUCAAGGACCCGGAUGGAAAUCCUGUUUUGUUAGAAGUGAAAGAACAAAAGAGAGUGACGUUGGAAGAAGAGGAGACAAGAAACUGGUAUGAAAUCGGGAAGAAAGAGGGACCGGGAACGAAAGAAGAAUUUACUGACGACGCGUCUUCCUUGCUUGAUGACUUGCAGAGUGAGAUCAGUGUGUCCGAGAGCCUGGAUAGCGGGGCGUACUGUGCAUCAUGGGAAGGCAGUGACUCGUCCACAUCCGGGUACUUCGAGCUGUCCGAGCUUUCGAGUCUCUCAUUGGACGAUAUUGAUGAGGAUUCAUUGGUCGGAGACUACUGCCGACCGGAGUCCGACAUUAGAGACGAUGAGUCCGUGUUGUCGGCUUUCUUUUAAAAUUUUUAAGUCCGUGUCACACAUUCAAGACCGUCCUACGACUUGCUCUCGACCGCUCCCCAACCAAGGUCGGCGCUGGGUUGGGAGCAGCCUGGAACCAAUCCUAGUCUAGCUCAAGUUCGCUCCUCUUGUCGCAUAAAAGCCGUCUAUGAG